CCGCGCUCCUGCCCGCCCGCCAUGGCUGCUGUGGUCGCUGCACGGCUGCUGUUACUUGCCCUUUGCUCGCCGCUACCGGUGUCCGCCGACGUCUACUCCAUCACCGACGCGGGUUUUAUAGCGGAAUGCGUGACCGAGCACAACAAAUAUCGGGCGGCGGUGAACCCAGUGGCCGGCAACAUGUUUAAGAUGACAUGGGAUGAAGCUCUUGCCAAAUCUGCAAAAGCUUGGAGCAAAAAGUGUACGUUUAAGCACAAUUCACACCUGAACAAAAAUGGAGUAGUGCAUCCAACCUUCUACCCUGUAGGAGAAAACCUUUAUGCUACAACAGGAAGUUUUAAUACCAAAGAAGCUAUUAAGGCAUGGAAUAGUGAAGUAACGAAUUACGAUUUUGAUACAAAUACCUGCAAAAAAUAUUCUGUAUGUGGACAUUACACCCAGGUUGUCUGGGAGAAUACUUACAAAGUUGGUUGUGCCGUUACUAAGUGUCCCAAUGGAAUUAAAUCCUCUGGAUUAAAGGGAUCAGCAGUAGUAUUUGUAUGUAACUAUGCACCAGCUGGAAAUUAUGCUGGAAGAUCUCCAUAUGCCAAAGGUUCAGCAGCAUGUUCAGCUUGCACCACGUGUAGCGAAAAGUUAUGCACUGAUGCAACCCGUGAUAAACUACAACAGUACCCUAACUGGAUGCCAGACUUUGGAGCAGCUUCCAUUUCCUUACAUGAUCAACUAAUAUUUCUUAUCACUAUUAUUUUAAUAUAUAUUCUACAAUAACUAUUUAAAUGUAAUUUAUCUUUACAGGAUUUUUUUGAGUGAAGCUGAGAGAAUGCAAAGUUCAGGUUUUGUAAACAAUUAUUUUUUCUACAGUAGGCUUGCUUUCAGCAAUUCUCAUCACCUUCCAUGUUUUUGCAAAGCACUCAAUCUAGUGAGCAAAUCAAAUAUUGACAAAACAAAAAAUUAGAAUUAAAAUAACUGGUUGACAGGCUAAACUAAGAGAUUUAAAUGGUGAUCUUUAUUUGAUCACCAAGCUGUUCGGGAAUUGCACCUGCCUCUUCCCCAAAAACUCCUUCAUCUUAUCUACUAAGAUUGUAGCCUUCUCAAUCAGAAUCUCUGGCCAAAUAUAAUUCAAAGUAAUAAUGAUUUUUGUGACUACGUAUAAUAUGUUGGCAUGUAAAUAAUGCUGGCAUUUAAUCCAUGGUGGCAAACAAGUUGACAAAAAAAAUUGAUUCCAGUUGGCCGACUAAUAUUAUAGACAGAAAAUGUCUUGAGAAAAGCUUACCUGCAGUUUUGACUGCGUUUUGCAGGCUUUCUUGUUAGCUCCGUAAGUCCAGAGUUCCAAUUGCUUUUAACAAGGUUGAUUCACUGCCGAACUUCAUUUUACUCAUUUUUAAGGAGAUUAGUUGAUGAAACAAAAACAGUAAAAUGCUGAAAAUAUUCAACUUGUGGCAAAAUAUAACAAGACUGACAUUAAACAUUGACAAUUUGGAAGUUUAAAUAAUUGUUUUGUUUCAGAUUUCUGCCAUUUACAGCAUUUGUUAGUUCAAACAUUUACAACUAUUUUAACAAUGAGUGAUUGCGAAAUAUUUUCAUUUGACCAUUUAUACUUGGAAUUUAUUCCAGCAUCUGCAAUACUUUUUGUUUGUAUUAAUGUGAUGUAUGUGGAAAAAUUGAUAAGGAUCCCUCGCUAAGUUACCACAGCCACACCUGCAAAAUAAACAUUUGCCAACUUUUAUCACAAGAUCUUUCAGGUUAAAUAAAUUAAUGACAGCAUUGCUGUUUUAAAGCAAAACGCCACAGAGACUUGAAAUUGGAAAUUAAUCACAAAAUGGGAGAUGUAUUCAGCAGAUCAGAUAGCAACCUUAGUGUGAGGUUUAAAGUUAACAUUUCAGAACACCCAAGAAUGUUACUUUUUUGGACCACUGAUUUGAUAAGUAUUGCCACCGUUUUCUGUUUUGACACUGAGCUAUGUUACAAGUGUAUCAAAGCUCUAUUAGAUUAGGAUCUGUUGAUCCUUGCCACGUACACGUCAGAAAAUUGUAAUGCUCAACUAUAUUCCAAAGCCUUACAAAUUGAUACUCUGCCUAACAGAGUAGUGACAUCUUGUUUCAGGCCUUACCAUUACAACCCAACAUUUUCAUAAGAUUAACAAAGCCAGUCAGGCCUGACAAAUUCAUAAAGACUCAAAUUUUGAUGGGUAUUAUUAUUCUUUUUGCCUGACCUAGUAGUAAAAUUUCAUUAUAUAAUGUUUGCCAAGAGGAACCCAACCUGAAAAAUCACGUUCAACAUCAGUCACUAUUGUUAAACGAGAUUAGUCAAAUUGGACAUUUAAUAUACAUCUCAAUAGCAUGAGGGGUGCUGAACAGAUUGCAAUCCAACAUUGCAUAGUAUAAAAAUUGAAUUUAAUGUCUGUACAUUUUGCUGUUCUAAAUACUGCCUGAUUGAAAUUGACUCUUUCGUUACUGUGCACAGCUUUUAAAAACAAUUUUAUUGAAAAUGAAUUUUUGACUUUUAGAGUUUGCAGAAAAUAUUAAAAAAUAUCUUGUCCAAAUUCAGUAUUUUGAAAUUGGGUAACGGAUGUUAUUUAUGAAACUUAGCUUUGUGUUACAGAAUUGCAAAUAAAAUAGUUAAAGUAUUUCAAAUGUAUUAAUAAAUGACUUCAGUCACCAAUUCUAUCAUGUCUAUCAGUG